AUGAGCGAGUUGAAGUUCGGAAAAGCGACCGUUGUCCACAACAUCGCCCCAGAAGCCCAGCGAGAAGUUCGUCGACUUUCUCGCAAGCUGUCAACAAAAGGGCAAACCUUUCAAGACAAUAAAUUUGACGUCGAGAAAGAGAAAAAUGUCCGCGAUGGAGUCAUGCGCCUCAGCCGACUGAGCUUGAGGGAAAAAGUGAGUUUCAUUGGACCUGAUGGUUUGGACGCGGCAGAUGUCAAGCAAGGAGGUAUCGGUGAUUGCUGGUUCUUGUCUGCUUUGUCUUGUAUUGCUGCUGAGGAUCAGCCGGGAACGGAAUUGGGGAAAUUGAAAAGAGAUACGGUCGAAAAUGUCCUUCAGAUUGGCCACAAUUGCACCAUGACCGCAAUGCAAAGUGGAGGCUUCCGCUUCAAAUUUUCUCGCCUCGGAGAAUGGGUCGACGUCAUUAUUGACGACAAACUCCCAGCGAAACGACGUGCCCGCCCUUCUGACACUGGAGAAUGGUGGGUUCCGUUGACGGAAAAGGCUUACGCGAAAUUCAACGGCGGCUAUGAUAAAUUAAUUGGCGGGCAAACUUGCCGCGCGCUCACGGAUCUAAGGAAAGGAUGA